AUGAGCCUAUCCAGCAAGGUGCUGGCGCAACCACUCCCUCCAAGUGUACGUGAAACCUACGCUACCUUAGCAGAACGCAACAAAGGUCAAACGCUAGCAAUACCUUACACUUUAAAACAGGUAGCCUUCGCUACAUUUUUAUUACAUAUUGCUGUCCUCAGAUCUCCUGUACGCAUAAAGUCUAUACCUUUACUAGCCAUCAGGCUUGCCCGCCGACAGUCCACGACAAAGGCGAUCAAGUCGCUGAGCAAGGGCUGGCCUCAGAUAUUUGAAAGCCGCCAUCCAGAUCUUAAACAAAGAAGAACUAGGGCAAUAGACUGGAACCGUCACAACAACAACAACAUGUAUGGCAAGAUCACUCAGUGGUUUAAGGUGAUCAACAAAGAGUGUUAUAUGCUAGAAAUUGUGCCAGGGAAUACCUAUAGCAUAGACAAGGCAGGUGACGGGUAUUGUGAUUUCUAUUCUUAG